AUGGGGAUCCCCGGAACCCGUUUUAGCGGGGAAACCCUGUCCCCGUUCGGGUCGGGUGAGACGGGUUCCCCACCGAGUCAGGGCAAAUCACCAUCCUUACGCAACAUGUUUUGCUUGUUUCGCCAAGUCCACCAGUUYUUGGGYCUGUUUCUUGUGGAUUYAACWUCGAUUCAUGGAGAAGAUAUAAAAAGAUCAGAUUUCCCAMAUGGGUUUCUGUUUGGAGUCUCUACCUCUUCCUAUCAAAUUGAAGGUGCAUAUCUUGAAGAUGGUAAAAGUCUCAAUAAUUGGGAUGCUUUUGCUCUUACCCCAGGCAACAUUAGAAAUGGUGAUAAUGGAUUCRUAGCUGAUGAUCAUUACCAUCAAUAUCUGACAGAUAUUGAAAUUAUACAAGCUCUUGGUGUAGAUGCUUAUCGAUUCUCUAUAUCAUGGGCAAGAGUUCUUCCAAGAGGAAGAUUCGGUGAGGUUAAUCCAAACGGGAUUCUUUUUUAUAACAAAAUCUUGGACAAUCUCUUACUCAAAGGUAUUAAGCCAUUUGUAACGAUUCACCAUCAUGAUAUUCCUCAAGAACUUCAAGAUCGAUAUGGAUCUUGGCUAAGCCCGUUUAUGCAGGAAGAUUUUGUCCACUACGCAGAAACGUGCUUCAAGUACUUUGGUGAUCGAGUGAAGCAUUGGACCACGAUCAACGAGCCAAACCUGUUUACAAAAAUGGCCUACAUGAAUGGAAAGUAUCCACCCGCUCGCUGUUCACAACCAUUUGGCAAUUGUUCAGCUGGAAAUUCUGAUAUCGAGCCUCUUAUCGUUAUGCAUAACUUGUUAUUGGCACAUGGCAAGGCUGUGAAUCUAUAUCGAAAAGAUUAUCAGCAUGAACAAGGUGGGUCAGUCGGGAUUGUGGUUGAUUGCUUAAUGUACGAGCCUCUAACAGAUGACAAUCUUGAUCAAGAAGCCGCUAACAGGAGCUUGGCUUUCGCUAUCGGCUGGGCAUUGGACCCUCUAAUCUUUGGUGAUUAUCCCUCGGAAAUGCGCCGGUAUCUUGGAAAUCAACUGCCAAGAUUCUCCGAUGCCGAAAAGAAGUUUAUGGCAAACAGUAUCGACUAUAUUGCAGUCAACCAUUAUUCAACUGCAUAUGCAAUAGAUUGCUUUCAUUCUAGUUGUAGUUUAACCGCCAACCGAGCAAUUAACGGUUUUGUAGAUGCAACUAGAGAACGAGACGGUGUUCAAAUUGGCGAACCCACGGGUAUUUCGAUGUUGGCGGUAGUUCCAAGAGGCAUCGGAGAAAUGGUCGGCUAUCUAAAGAAGAGAUACAACAACAAACCCAUGUUUAUUACUGAAAAUGGGUAUUCUGAACCAAAAGUGCAAGAUGUACAAGUUCAAGAUAUACGAAAAGAUGUCAAGCGAAUAGAAUUUCACAAAACGUACCUGUCGUCUUUGGCCCGAGCAAUCAGGGAUGGUGCCGAUGUAAGGGGCUACUUUGUGUGGACGUUGAUGGAUGAUUUCGAAUGGAUUCAUGGAUACGAUGUAAGAUUCGGAUUAUUCUACAUUGACCGUCAAACGCUUGCUCGAGUCCCCAAGUUAUCAGCAAGAUGGUAUCAAGAUUUCUUGAAAAACAACACUCAGGCACCAGAAAUCCGAACAUCGAACCUGGCACACAAGCAAGCAUAUUCAUAAUCAUUCAGACGUACAAUUCCUUGUUGUGAACUUGCGAACUUUUAUAUAACUCAGCCACGUUACGUAAAUAUACAAAUUUGAUUGGUUUGUUGUAUCACUGUUUUGUACUAAUUACGGAACAUGAUAGGCUUUGUUGCUACA